GAAACAUGCUGGACUCGCUCACCUUUCUUUUCGGGAAGGUCUUCGUCCUUUCCAGCUUCCACAUCUUCAACUCCGCCCCCGCCGAGGAGGACGCGUGCACGCCGGACACGCGCCACCAGGCGCCGGCGUCCUCCUCCUCCUCCUCCUCCUCCUCCUCCUUCGAGAGGGGCGACCUGCUGGAGGUGCCGCGCACGCUCUUCGUGCACUUCGGCAUCUACCUGGGCGAGGACCGCGUGGCGCACCUCAUGCCCGACAUCCUGCCCGCGCUGACGCGCGACCGCUGCCACGUGGAGCGCGCGGUGACCAACACGCGGCUGCUGCUGGGGGUCAUCGCCAAGACGGCGAGCAUCCGCGUGGACAGCGUGGAGGACUUCGCGUACGGCUCGCCGGUGCUCGUGAACCGCAUGGACGCCGCGCUCAAGAGGCAGCCGCUGCCCGGCGAGGAGGUGGCGCGGCGGGCCGAGAAGCUCAUGGGGGGCAUCGCGUACAGCCUGCUGUGGAACAACUGCGAGCACUUCGUCACCUACUGCAGGUACGGCGCCCCCGUGAGCCUGCAGACGGACAAGUUUUGCGAGGGACUGAAGUCCAUAGUGCGGGACCAGAGGAGUGUCCUCCUCACGGCCGUGUUGGGGAUACUGUCCAUUGUCUGUCUGGGUCUAGCCCCGUCCACGACUCUGCCCACCGUCCUCAUCCCCUUCACCCUUUGGAUGGCCGGCUGACCUUACACACGGACAUGGAAGAAGAGUCUCAUUUAUCCUGGGAUGACUUGUUCUCCUGUUAUGGAGAUACAUCUGUAUAUGUACAUAUGUAUGGUUUUUUGCUUUAUGCUUCCUUUUGCUCAUUUUACCAAAUUUAACUUACUGUGUAAGUCCAUAUUAUUUGUUAAUAAUGUAGACCGAGCGACUACUUGUACAUUUUGUUUUUUCAAAGAAUUUUUUUGUAUGCCACUACUUGUAUAA